AUGGAACCUCCAGCAAAAAGACGACGCAAAGGCCCUUCACCCCCAACACUCGGCCAAAAUGACGACGAAGACGACGAACUCGCCUCCCACCCGCAGGAGAUUACUGUUCGACGGGACCCCGAUAUCCAGUUUGCGCUGAAACGAGCCAAUGCCAACCACAAGCUUCAAGCCACCAUGGCGCACAUUAUUGAAAAGUACAGCCGCGAUUUCGAGGGAGUUGGUGACGAGAUCGACAUGGAGACGGGGGAAAUUGUGGUGAACAACGGUCACUUGCGCAACAUGCGCGAUGAGGGAGACGUCGAAGGGCUUUGGUUGGAUGGUGAUGGCAAUGCCGAAGAGGGCGAAGGGAUUUUGCUUGAGGACCUGACAGACGAAUAUUCCGAUAACCAAGAUGAAGUGGUCGAACCUCGAAACCCGGAAGCAGACGACAACCAGAAUUCGAGUACCAGGGAACAAGAUCCAAAUGUCACAUCAAAUCCCAGUGAUAUGGAAAAAGAAUCAGACUCUAUUCCUACGCCGACCAGCAAUGAAAAAGAAAAAAGUACCGAAAACCAAGACGAGCGAUUGCCCGAAACCCGCGGCUGUACAGACAACGAGCCCGGCGCCCCCCCUCAUGGAUUUCCUCCUGCACCUUUUGGGCCCGGUGCUCCUCACGGCUAUGGCGCACCACCUGGGCCGUUUGGGCCGUGGUCUAUCAUGCCUGGAUUUCCCAUGAAUCCUUGGGGUCGUGAUGACAUCCCCCCUUAUUACAACAUGCCCCCAAGCAUGCCUGGCCCCUGGUUCAACGGAGGAAGAUAUGAGUUUCCUACAAACGAUGGACAGACUUCUAUCUGGGGACGCAAAUGGGUCAAGAAAACAAAACGGGCUGGUUUCAUGAAAAGGUCCUCGAAAGGCCAUGCCGAGUCGAGUAAGAACACCGGCGAUGAUGCGGCAGACGAGGAAACGGGUGGUGAUGGUGGUAAUGACAAGGAAAACUCGGGGGAGCAACAACCAGAAACUCAAGACGCUUUGGCAAAUGAUCGGAUAAUCAGUGCCAGUGACGAAGACGACGACUUGAUAUUCUCCGGGACAACUAGCUCUCCUCCUGCUACGACGCGCAGCUCUAUCCCUUCAAAGGACAAAGAAGCGGCAGAAGAACCCACCAAAACAAAGCCUGUGGAAAAGGCCCUCGAGGAGACGGCAGGGAACGCCAUUAAAGUACCUUCACGCGACCACGAGCAAGAUGACGGAAAUCGCAGACGCUCCGGCCGAGCUAGGAAACAAGUGGAAUACAUGGGCAAGAUUUCCUGGGCCGAAGCGAAGGAGUGGCGAAAUUCUGGUCAGAGCUUGAGUGUUGAGCUUCGCAGAGUCGAUCGUGCGAGCCGGCAAGACUUUCAAAGUGUCGAUAAUACUGAUGAUGAGAGUCUUCCGGCCCAAAAGGCGGCACCACAAAGUCCAACAAAGGGGUCUCAGAGAGAAAUGGACAAGGCUGUUCAGAGACAAGUCAUCCCAGAUUCUCAAGACACGGCAACACCAUUCAACAGCAGUGCUCCUCAACCGUCACAGCCAACUUCGCAACCGCCAACUUCACAGCCACCAGCUUCACAACCACAAGCCUCACAAUCGCAAGCUUCACAACCGCAAGUUUCUCAGCCUCAAGCUUCGCAACCCGCAGACAAACAAGAUAACCUGGGAACUCUCAAUCAUGACACCAUGCCCAGUAUGGUUCUCUCCGAUGACGAGGCACCGCUCGUGCUAUCGAGAGUCAUGGUGCCUAAACCACGCGCCACGCCUUCAAAACCUGUUUCUCAGCUGGCGAGUGUUCAGGAAGAACAUGAAGACUCAACAGACAAGGACAGCAUCCCUAAGGUCGGCCAUGGUCAAGGGACCAACGAUAAUGAGGCCCCUGAAGCUGAACCUAUGGAAGUUACCCAAGACGAGGCCAAAGACGCGACCAGGCCAGAGAUACUUGCCCAGCCCCUAAAACGAAAACGAGGCAGACCCAGAAAAUCCGAAGUGCCAAUCGAAACCACAAUCAUGGUUUCGCUGGCUAGCGCCCCUGCCCACCUGAAGGGCAAGCCCGGUAGACCUAGACAAUCGGAAUAUUCGCCUGAGAUGACCCCUCCACCUCCGAGGCGCAAGCGCGGCAGACCAAGAAAGUCGAGUACUGCCACGCGUGAGGUCGACACUGAAAUGGAGACUGACGAGCCCCAAGCUCUCCGGCAAGAGAUCUCGGCUGGGGUUGACGUUGAGAUGGAGGGAAUGGAAGUGGCCGAGAAACCCGGUCGCAUGUCUCGAGAACUCAGAUGGCUCGAAAAGAAGAAACCAAAGGGUGUUUCUGACCUCGAAGCUCAAGGGGUGACGUCGGAAAAGCGUCUUAGGUCUCAAGGAUCAAAAGAAACACUGCAGCCAAACGAUGUCAACGUGGAGGAAUCACAAGGACUCAACGAGGAACCCGAAACAAUCCCUAGCAGCAGUCCACCUUCACCAGCAAGAGCUACCUCCUUGCCAAAGGCUAUCCCUGCAGAAGACGCGGCACCCCCAGCCAAAUCGACUUCUUCAGCAAACCCCCUUUCCUUGCCAAAGGUUGAUUCAGGGGUUGUCUCCCCGGAAGAGCCUACGUCUCCUCCACAAGUUACACCUGCAGCAAAGACUACGUCUCAGACAGGUGUUCCUUCUUCAUCAAAUGCCGCCUCUCUUCUGAAAGCUGCUUCCGAUUCAAAGGCCAUCUCACGUCCAAACGCUGUCCCUUCAGAAGAUACCACCUCCUCGCCAAAAGCUGCCUCUCCACCAACAUCUAACUUGACUUUAGAGGCUGUUUCUCCAAGGAUUGCCCAGCCUUUCUCUUCCCCAAGAGCAGUUUCGCCUUCCCCUACUGAAGCUAUUCAUCCAGCCCAAGACCAUCAACCUCCCUUGAGUACACCUCAGGAUCCCACCAUCCAACCAGCAUCAACCCCUAAGAGGAACAAGGACAGGGUCAUCCAUCCCGCCGGAACGCCAUCCAACUCUUCUAAACCUCACACUCCCCGUCACACUGCCAUCCGAACGACUCGGGCGCCCUCCUCCCGCCGCUCCCUUCUCUCCUUUGUAUCUGACUCCGAAUCUGACUCGGACCGUUCUCGAGACGAGCUGGCCCGCAAAGUUAGGCUGAGCUCUCACAAGAAGAGCGCCCGUCCAUCUACGCACAAGAUCUGGAAGUCCACUUCUCUAACCACAGAGUUGCAUCGAACGCCGAGCAGAAAACGCCGUAAUGAACCCCCUACUCCUGUCAAGACGCCUGGCGGCACGUUGAGGACUUGCGGAGCACUUUGA